AUCUUUUUCUUAGAAAAGAAAAAAGGAAAUCUCUCAUCAUCUUUUGCAACAAAACCAUUUUUGCUGUUACACUGGAAAAACAAACAGACGAACAAAGAAUUUCUCUCUCUCUCUGUCUGUCUAUCUAUACUCUCUCUAUCAGCCCAAUCCUGUCUCCAUUCAUCCAUUAAUCUUUUUAGUUCUUAUUAUUAAAAAAAAAAAUAUAAAACACUUAACUUAUCUUCUUCAUAUUUAUUUUUGCCUCUUUUUCGUAUUUUACACUAUUUCUCUUUGUUUUUUUGUUUUCUUUUUUCAAUCUUUGCAUGGUUUUCAUCUAAAUAUUUAUUAACAAUCGAUAGUGAUAAUAUCAAUAAUCUCUAGAAAUCUUUUUCGUGAAUUCUUGAUCGCUUCAAUGGAUCAAGUAACGACGCAAUCUUUUGAUUCUUGACUCUCUUUUGAGUGAAUGAGAGAUAAUGGGAUUAGAAUCUGCUGGUAGUUUCUUGAACUUCUCAAACAAACCUCAAUUUGAUUCUCAAAUUUGAUGGUUUGAUUGCUGAUCAUCAAUCUAAUUCUGGGUUCUUUUUGUUUCGUUCUGGUAUGAAGAAAUUGGGUAUAGAAGUUUGAUUACUGGGAGUUUUAGUUAUUGUUGUGGAGUCAAUGGAUGGGGUCAGUCCGAAUGAGGCCCAGGAAUUGGAUGGGCCAUCGGUUCCAUGGCGGCCGAGGCAGCUGGCAUUUGGACAUUACAGGCAGGAGAGUGAACCUGCCAAAAAGGGACAAACUUUGCGUGUUGUCGUAAGAAGUCCUUUGGUUGCCAGACUAACCAAAGACAUAGUCGAAACGUAUCAAACAUGCAAUCCACAAUUCAAAUAUUCAGAAGAAUUAAAUCCAAAACGAUAUUUGACCAGCCCAUCAGCUGGAGUCCUCAAUGAUGGCCAUGAUAAUGUGAACUCGGAUCUUAUUCUGACUGUGAACUUUGCUUUGAUCAAUUUAGACACACACAGAAGAUACAUAGUCAAAGAUGUUCUUGGUCAUGGGACUUUUGGGCAGGUUGCUAAAUGCUGGGUCGCAGAAACUAACAGUUUUGUUGCUCUGAAGAUAAUAAAAAAUCAACCAGCUUACUAUCAGCAAGCUCUGGUUGAAGUAUCUAUCUUGACAACGUUAAACAAGAAGUAUGAUCCUGAUGAUAAGCAUCACAUUGUUCGUAUUUAUGAUUACUUUGUAUACCAGCGGCACUUAUGCAUCUGUUUUGAACUUCUUGACACCAAUCUGUAUGAGCUUAUCAAGAUAAAUCAAUUUAGGGGGUUAUCAUUGAGCAUUGUCCAAUUGUUCUCUAAGCAGAUUUUACGUGGAUUGGCUCUAUUAAAAGAUGCUGGGAUAAUCCAUUGUGAUCUGAAGCCAGAAAACAUUCUUCUGUGCACAAGUGUGAAACCAGCAGAGAUUAAAAUAAUUGACUUUGGAUCAGCAUGCAUGGAAGAUCGCACUGUUUACUCCUACAUUCAGAGCCGUUACUAUAGAUCUCCUGAAGUUCUUCUAGGUUAUCAAUAUUCUACAGCUAUUGACAUGUGGUCCUUUGGGUGCAUAGUUGCAGAACUGUUUCUAGGAUUGCCACUUUUUCCCGGUGCUUCAGAAUUUGAUCUCUUGAGGAGAAUGAUUGAAAUACUCGGAGGACAACCCCCUGAUUAUGUUCUAAAAGAGGCAAAGAAUGCAAGAAAGUUCUUCAAGUGCAUUGGGAGUGUUCAUAAUUUAGAGAAUGGUGAAGUUUCCUUGGGAGGAAGAAGUGCAUACCAAGCAUUAAAAGUGGAAGAAUAUGAAUCUAUAGAGCUGAAAAAACCAUCGAUUGGGAAGGAGUAUUUCCAUCAUAUGAACCUCGAGGCAAUUGUUACAAACUAUCCUUACAAAAAGAAUUUGCCUGAGGAAGAUAUUAAGAAAGAAAGUCAAAUUCGAUUAGCUUUGAUUGAUUUCUUGAGGGGACUUGUUGAGUUCGAUCCUGCAAAACGAUGGUCCCCUUUUCAAGCGUCAAAACACCCUUUUGUAACUGGGGAACCUUUCAUGUGCCCAUUCAAGCCGCCUCCAGAGACCCCUUGUAUGCCUGUUGCCCAAAAUAUUAAGGUGGACCAUCACCCAGGUGGAGGGCAUUGGUUCGCUGCUGGUCUCUCUCUUAAUGCAGUUCCAUAUGGUCAUGGUGCUAGUUAUGGUAGUGUUGGAAGCCAUGGUAGCUAUAAUGAUGGUAUUGGCCUUGGAAGCAGCUAUGGAAGCUAUGGAGAUGGUAGUAAUAUGUUUGCAUAUUAUUCACCAGUUGCUCCAUCUGGCAUGAACAUGCAUCCACAGGCUGGUCUGUCAAUGCUUGGAAAUAGUCCAGAUGCAAGAUGGAGGUUUAUUCAAUAUUCACAUGGAAAUGGUCUUGGUAUGAGUCCGUCAGCAGGAAAUUUUGCACCACUGCCCCUUGGAACCAGUCCCUCACAGUUUACUCCACCAAGUUCCUACUGUCAAGCUUCAGCUGGUUCUCCUGGACAUUAUGGUCCAACUUCCCCUGCAAGAAGCUGCAGUCAUGGAUCACCUUUAGGAAAAAUGGCUGCAGUUACACAAUUCAAUAGAAGAAAACGUUGGGGGUAUUCUGGAAGUUCUCAAUCUCAGGAGUCUACAUCUUUGUCAAAUUGGCAAGGACAAUCAACUGAUGGUGCUUGCUCUAACCAAGCUGAGGGAAAUCCUCCAGUACUUGGUAGUUUACCCGCACAUUGGCAGUCAAGCUGGAUGCAGCAACAAGGAGGCAGUGGAAGUACAGCAUGUCCCUCAGCCAUUCAGAGCAUUCCAGGCUCGUUUAAGCCUGUUGCUAAUAUGAAAUGCCCUCAAAGUGCAGGGCCUAUUCAUGAUAUGCCCGAGACUAACCUUUCAUUGCCAGAUCCAGGGGAUUGGGAUCCUAAUUACAGCGAUGAACUUCUUCUGCAAGAGGAUGGUUCAGAUAUGAGUUUCUUAAGCUCUGAGUUUAGCAAUAGCAUGCAUCUUGGUUCUGGUGAUCCAAUGGUAGGUGUUGGAAGAUCCAACCGUGCUUCAAAUGCGAGCUCAAGUUCAUUAAACCAAAGACAAAAUGGGCCUCUUCAUGCAUUUUCACAUGUUGACGUGGGCAGCCCUCCUUCAGCUCAUGAUUUUCAUGCUGGAUAUGGCCGUUCAAUUUCAAAGCCUUCUUAUUUUACACCUCAUGUCUCACAAAAUUCUCCAAGCCGUUUAGGACAGCGGUUCAGUCAUGGAAGGCUUGCUGUUCGGGGUAGUGAAUGGAAUCCUAUUAAGGUCCAGCCCCCCUCUUCCAGCUUCAGUUCAGGGGGGCAACGUUCUCCAGGAAGUAGUUCAUUGAGCAACAGCAUGCCAUGGGGGCGUAGGGCCAAUUUCAAUAGCAUUCCGUCACCAUCCCGAGGAAGAAAAGAUCUUGGAAGGAUUGCCUAGUUCUGUAUCACCUAUAUUUUCCCUGCGAUGGUUUUGUCAUGGAGCGUUGGAAGAAAGUUGUGCGCAAUAGGUCACGUGCUUAGUGGGCUGUUGCUUUGAAACCCCUGAUCCGAGACAUGCUCAUUCAUUGUGCUUGCAUAGAAUAUAAUUCAUGAUUGUGGUUUUUUCUACUCUGAUCAUUAGACAUGCAGUCUUUAUUUUUCUUGGUUCCAACAAUUCCGUGGCCAUGAUACACCCCCCUGUCUCAGGUUUUCAAAUUUACUUAUUUUACUUGUGAUUGCAUUUUAUGUACGUGAAGGAUUAAACUUAUCAUUGAAGUUCAACUUCAGCUUCUAGGCAGAAUUCAGCUGGGAGUCUGACGUCAAGUGUGUGACUGGAGUAUUGCAUAGGUCACAUAGUUACUUACCUGUUUACUUUUCUUGUUCCAAGUGUAAAUUGAGUUUCAUUUACUUGAAUUGUUGUAGGCUGUAAUAUGAAGUUGGUGGUUUGUCAUUUUUUUCUUAUCCCACCUUUUGUUUUUAUUUUUUAUUAGAGUAUUUUAUGAUUUCCAGCUCACUGGCAGUAAACAGUUUGCCAUUGUUGGUGUAUAUUGGAUUUUUAAUAUAAGAUGAUGCUCAGGCUUUGUUUUA